AUGCUCACCACAAAUCAGACACCAAUCGAUAAAGCGCCAGAGAAAGUACCAGAAAAUCUUUGGAAUGAGUAUACAUUAUUUGGACGAAUACCUAUAUCAAAAUGGUAUUUUGAUGAAAGAUCAGUGCCAAAAGCAACCGAAUGGAAUGAUAUUGAUGAAAAUUUGAAAGAAGGAGUCAACAUUUUCAAAAAGUCCACAUAUGGGACUACAACACAAACCGUCAUUGAUGCAAUUUCUCGUUAUAAAGAUCAUUUUAAAGGAAAAAAUGGAGCUGUUAUUGGAUCGCAAAAUCCAUGGAGAUCAAGAUUAAAUCUGAAAAAGCGAUCAGCUGGAUUCAUCCAUUUGAAGUGGGAAAGAAUUGGACAAGAUUCGACCGAAGAUACGGUGAUCCACUCGAUCCAUGGGGAGAUU